AUGAUUUUAUUACUACUAAUGUGCUUUCUUCAUUUCUAAGAAAGUUAUGCUAUAAAUUGUACUAUGAUUCAUUAUAAUUAAGGUGAUUAUAGUUGUUUAACUUGUGAUUAUCCUGAUGGAACAAAAUGUACGACUUGUGAUACUAAUACAAGAAAAUUAUAAGAUGGUAAAUGUGUUUGUAAAGAUGGGUUUAUAGAAAUAACAUCAUUAAAAUCUCCUUAAUGUUUAUGUAUAUAAUAAUAAAUUAAGUAUUAGAAUGUUCUGAAAAUUGUAUUACAUGUGAUAUUUCUAAAAGAGAUUAUUGUUUAAGUUGCGGUGAUGAAUCUAUCACAUUUAGAUAAUUAGUAAAUAAUGAUUGUGUUUGUAAAUCAGGAUAUUAAGCAGUUCCAUAUUAAUAUGCAUGUGAAAUUGAUACUUGGGAUAAGAGAUUGCUUACAUUUAAAUUCAAGACUGAUACAUCUCGUCAAUAUUGGUAAGCAGUCACAAACCUUUUUGCUAGUAAUAGUAAUAUUAUAAGUGAAUUGAGUACUCUGAUUAAGAAUUCUUACUUAUAAGAUACUGCAUAGAGUUCAUUCUAAAAAUAUUAUUUUGAUUUAGAAAAAAAUUAGAAGUAAUUUUUCUACAAUACGGAUGUUAUUCCUCUUGGUUAGUUCUAUUAAUAAUUUGAUAAAAAUGUAUUUGCAGUUGGAUACAUAUAACCAAAAGAUUUAUAAAGUGUUCUUUGGAAAUUUGGUUCAAUUGUUUCAGUUGGAUCAACUUCUUAUUAUUAUACAAGUCGAUUAUUAGAUAAGUAAUGGAAUGCAGGAAUGUUUUAAUAUUUUAAAGAUCAGGGAGUUUAUAUUUAAGUAAUAUUAACUUAAGAGGAAGUAACAGGAUCAAGUACAAGAAGAAGAUUUCUUGCAGAAGACUAUUCAAUAUAUUAGGUUAUGUAUUUUUUUUAUGUUGGAUAUACAAAAUCUACAUUUUUAAGUGAUAAUGAAUGUGAUAUAUUAAUGGAUAAUUUGAUGAAUUUAAUAAAUGGAUGUCAGAAAUAUUGUGAUGAUUGUUAUUUUUAUUAAAAUAUAGAAUAAUGCAGAACCUGUUAAUUAAAUAGAGUAAAUCAAAAUGGAAAUUGUUUGUGUAAAUAUGAGACAACAAAUUAAUCUUAAUGCUAUGAACCCUGUAAAAGCUUAGAUUGUAUAACUUGUGCAGAUGGUAUUUGUAUAACUUGUCCUGAUGGUUCAUUGCCUCCUUGUAAUUCUCCAAAUAUAAAAUGUGAUGAAGGAUAUUAUAAAGAAAAUUCAUAAUGUUUUAAAUGUACAAGUCCAUGUAUUACAUGUACAUCUAAAAAUGUUUGCACUAAAUGCUUAGAUACUUAUUAUAUAAAUGAAUCAUCUGAAUGCUAAAUUUGUGUAGCCCCUUGUGUAAAUUGUAGUUCAUCAAUUGAUUGUACUUCUUGUAUAGACACAUAUUAUCAUAAAGAUAAAACUUGUUACUCAUGUACAGAUAUACCAUAUUGUGUAAAAUGUAGUGUAGAAAAUUAUUGUGUUACUUGUAUAACUGGAAAAUAUAGUAAUAAUUUUGGAUAAUGUGUAAAUUGUCCUUCAACUUGCACAUCUUGCACAGCAAUGAAUAAUUGUUAAUCAUGUAUUGAAGGAUAUUACAAUAGUAUUGGAUAUUGUAAUAAAUGUUAAAGUCCUUGUUAAAAAUGUUCAAAUAGUUCUUAAUGUACUUAAUGUAUACCUGGAUAUUAUUUAAGUUAAUAUUAAUGUCUGAAAUGUAUAGAUUAAUGCACAACUUGUUUUGAAUAAUCAGAUAAUUGUACUUCAUGUAUUUCCUCUUAUACUUUAAUAAAUAGUAAAUGUAUCAAAUGUGAAAGUCCCUGUGUAAUGUGUUAGAAUUCUAAAAAUGAAUGCUUAUCUUGUGAAAAUUCAAAUUAUUUGGCUACUGAUAAUAAAUGUUUAUCUUGUUCAUAAGGUUGUAAUACAUGUACAGUUUUUAAUAAUAAAUGUUCAUCAUGUUAAAUUGGUUAUUAUUUAGAUGAAGAUAUUUGUCUUUAAUGCAAUUGGUAAUGUUAAAGUUGUCAAGAUUCAAAUACAUGUCAAUCAUGUAUAAAUGGAUAUUAUCUAAAUGUAAACAGUUGUCUACCUUGUCCUAUUAAUUGUACAAAAGAUUGUAAAUUUUAAUCUAAUGUGGUUGUUUGCAAUACUUGUUCUCCCACAUAUUUUAAAAGUUUAAAUACUUGUGAAAAAUGUUAAUAGCCUUGUUUAAAUUGUUCAGCAACAAAAACAUAUUGUUUAGAUUGUAUAUCUGGUUAUUAUUUAUCAAAUCAUGUUUGUAAUUAAUGUACUCUUGCAUAAUGUAAAGUAUGUUUAAAUUAAACUUAAUGUUCAGUUUGUAAUGAUGGUUAUCUAUUAAAUGAAUCUAAAAUUUGUGAAUAACAAACUUCAACAUGUGAUCCUGGUUUUGUGAAAGUAAUAAAAACAGAUUAAUGUUUACCAUGUAAUAUCAAAUGUUUAACUUGUUAUGGUUUAGAACAAAAUUAAUGUAAAACAUGUAAUGAUGGCUACUUUUUGGAUUUAUCAAAUUAUUGUGAAUAAUGUAAGUAACCAUGUAAAACAUGUUCAAAUAAUGAAACAAGUUGCCUUUCUUGUAUAGAUGGUUAUUAUAUUUAUGAAAAUUCAUGUAAACUUUGCUAAAAAGAAUGCAAACUUUGUUCUAAUGAAAAUUAUUGUUAGACAUGUAAUACUGGAUAUUAUUUGGAUAAUUAGAUAUGUUAGGAGUGUAGUGAUAAUUGUCAUAAUUGUAUAUCAUCAACAAUAUGUGUUUAAUGUUCAAUUGGAUAUUAUUUGAAUAAUUUAAAUUAAUGUAUAGAAUAAUGUAAUGAUGAACAUUGUGGUAUUUGUACUGAUGCUGAAAAUUGUACAGUUUGUUAAGAUGGUUAUUACUUGGAUACAAAUAAUAAAUGUCUUUUACAAGAUUGUACUAAUAUAAUUUAUUGUAUGAAAUGUUCUAAUCAAACAGAAUGUGAUACAUGUUUACCAGGAACAUUUGCUGAUUCUGAUGGAACAUGUUAAUUUUGUGAUACUAUUUGCCAAACAUGUUUAAACACUAAAACUUAGUGCACAUCUUGUAGUUCUAAUUACUUUUUAGCUAGUUAUUCUACUUGCGUAUAAUGUGCUGUCGGUUGUUUAUAAUGUAGUAUUUCUGCAACUAAUUGUUAAUCAUGUAUAACUGGAUAUUUUUUUAUUGAAGAUUAAUAAAUAUGUAGUAAGUGUAGUUUAUUUUGUAAUACUUGUUCUGGAUAAUUAGAUCAUUGUACUAGUUGUGGAGCAGAUUAAUAUUUGAAGGCAGAUGCAACAUGUCAAUUAUGUACACUUCCUUGUUUAGGUUGCAAUUCAGAAAGUACAAGUGAUUGCACUAGUUGUCUAGCUGGAUAUUACUUAUCUAAUAAAGAAUGUUUAGUUUGUUCAAUUAAUUGUGUAUUAUGCACUUUUAAUAACAUAUGUACAAGUUGUGGUUUAGGAUAUUUUUUAGAUGGUAAUGAAUGUUUAAAAUGUCCGAAUAAAUGCAAAGAUUCAUGUGUAAAAUAAUCAUCAUAUAUAAAAUGUGAUGAAUGUAAUGUUGGAUAUUAUGAAGGAACAAGUGAUUGUCUAUUAUGUAAAGCUCCUUGUAAAACAUGUAAAUCAACAGAAGAUGCUUGUACUUCUUGUAUUGGUGGAUAUUAUCUUGCCAUAAACAAAGUAUGUCCAAAAUGUAGAACAAAUAAUUGUAGAAAUUGUUAAAUAUCAUCUGGUGAAUGUCUAGCUUGUGAAUAUGGAUAUAUUUUAACAAAUCCAGAAUUAUGUACAUAAUGUACAACAUGUACUUGUGAAGAUCAUUAAUAUUAUGAUUGGGAUGAAUUAGGUUAAAAUAAAUGUAAAGAAUGUGAUGAUUCAUGUAUAAAAUGUUAUGUAUCAUCUACAAAUUGUACAAGUUGUCUAAGUUAUUAAUAUAUUGAUAUUACAGAUAACAAAUGCUAUAAUUGUAAUUCAUAAUGUGUAACCUGUCAAAAUUCAACAUAAUGCACAUCAUGUAAUUAAUACUAAUAUUUAUCAAAUGACAAAAAUUGUUUAGCAUGCAAUUCUCCUUGUUUAAAAUGUACAAGUAGUACCUAAUGUACAUCUUGUAUAGAUGGUUAUUAUCUAGAUGGUACUAAUUGUAUUUAAUGCAAUUCAAAAUGUACUUUAUGUGAAUCUGCUACUAAAUGUACAUCUUGUAUUUAAGAUGGACAUACCUAUUAUAAAAAUGAUUAUACUUGUAAUUCUUGUGAAAGUCAUUGUUAAGAGUGUUCAAAUAGAGGAUGCACAAAAUGCGAUGGUGGUUAUUAUGCUGAUUAUCAAACUUGUGUAUCUUGUAAUCCUAAUUGUACCUAAUGUUCAAAUUUAAACUGUUUUGAAUGUAAGGGAAAUUAUUAUCCUGAUGGUUAAAACUGUGUGAAAUGUGCAAAUUUCUGUUUAUAAUGUACUUCCUCAUAAUGUAAUGAAUGUUAAACUGGAUAUUUUAUUAAUGGAACUAAUUGUACACAAUGUAUGUAGAAUUGUUUAAAAUGUACAUCAGAAAUAAAUUGUGAAUCAUGCAAAACAGGAUAUUACUAUAAUCAAGUAAAUUCUGUAUGUGAACCAUGUGUUGAGAAUUGUCUAUCAUGUACAUCAGAAAAAUGUACAAAAUGUCAAACUGGAUAUUACAAUAAUGGUUAAUUAUGUGAAAAGUGUGAAACUAAUUGUUUAUCAUGUACAUCAACUAUAUGUAAUUAAUGUAUAAGUCCAUAUUAAGUUUAUUAAAAUACUUGUAUAUUAUGUUAAACUGGAUGUUUAAAAUGUACAUUACAAGAAUGUCAACAAUGUGAUAGUAUGUAUUAUUUAGAUUCUACCUCAAAAUAAUGUGUCUCUUGUAAUUCAAAUUGUUUAAGUUGUACUAUUUAAUAAUGUGUGUCUUGUAAGAGUGGUUAUUAUUUGAAAGAUAAAAAUUGUUAGUAAUGUAAUACAAAUUGUGUAUUUUGUGAUGCUAAUAUUUGUUUUUAAUGCAAACCAUAAUAUUAUGUAGAUCAAACUAAUUGUGUUAAAUGUUAAGAAAAUUGUAAUUCUUGUUCAAGUACUGAAUGUUUUGAAUGCAAAACUGGUUAUUAUUUACAAUCAUAAUAAUGUACCUAAUGUAAUUAAUCUUGUCAAGAAUGUACAACUGAUACUACAUGUCAAAAGUGUAAUAAUGGUUAUUAUCUUGAUGUUGACAAAUGUAUUAGUUGUCCUACAAAUUGUACUACAUGCACAAAUGAUUAAUGUACUUCUUGUAGUUAAGGUUACAGAUUAGAAAAUAAAUAAUGUGUUGCUUGUACAUCUGAUUGUUUAAUUUGUACUUCUACUUAAUGUACAUAAUGUUAAUCUGGAUUUUGCUUAAAAGAUUCUUUAUGUUCUGUCUGUCCAUCCAAUUGUCCAUAAUGUUAAAGUCCUAAUUCUGUCUAAUGUUCAAUAUGUCCUAAUGAUAAUGGAUAAGAAGAGAGUGAAGAAAAUGGAAAUGAUUGUGAUGAAGGUCAAUAUUAUAGUACUGAGGAUUAAACAUGCAUAUGUAAGAUUUUAUAUCAAUUAUUAUAGCUUGUGCAGUUGAAAAUUGUUAAAAUUGUAGUUCAGCAGAAACCUGUACAACUUGUUAAUCUGGAUAUAGUUUAUAGACAAAUCAAACAUGUAUUUAAAACACUACAACUGAAUAACAAGUAAUCCCUAUUGCAGUUGGAACAAUUGCAGGAGGAGUUGCUAUAGUUGCAGCUGUAAUUAUAUUGAAAAAAAUUGCCUUUGUUAAUGUUGUACCAAAAUUAUUUAAUAAUUUACCUAUCAAAUUUAAUCCUUAUAGAUGCUAAACUGGGGCAUCCAUUUCAAAUUGGGAAUAAUUACCUAAUGUAUCAGAAUAAGAAUUCUAGGAUGCAUUCUCAAAAUUAUCAUAAGGAAAACAGUGA